CCAAGUGUCCCCAGCCCUGUCCUAGGAGGCUGGAGGGUUGGGGCGCGUUCCCUACGCAAUCUCAGCGCACAGGUGGGCCCUGAUGAGGCCUGGGGCCUUAGACCCAGCCACACUCCAAUGGACACCAUGUGUACUUCGGAAGAGACAUCACUGCUACAAGUGGAAGAAACUUUCUUGGCCUUGCUUGGCCGCAUUAAUACCCUUGUCUUCCAACCUCUGCUCCUGGCAGAGCCCUCCAACGCCAAGGACCAGGAGUGCGUGAGACUGCUGCUGCAGCUCAGUGAUCAAUACCAACACCUGUGGGACCUGACCCAGGCCAGCCUCCGAACACUGAGGCAGAGGCUUAACUCCCCAGCCACCGUCGGCCUACACACCCUACACCUCCUUCGCAGCCCAGACCUGUUCCUGGAGGCCUAUCGACAGUAUUUUGUGACAUAUACUAGCUGUAUGGUGGUGCAGACCUUUCAGAAGGCUACCAGGAAGAAGAGUGAGUUUUGGAGGAGCCAGAGGAAAGCACUGAAGCAGUUCCUGACCAGUGUGACCUUGGAGACUUCAGGGGCAGCUGGUCUGCCUCACAUCCUCUGCCAGCCUCUUGCCGAUCAUGUGCAGCAGUAUGUCCUUAUCUUGCUGAGACUUGGAGAUGCUGUUGGUGAGCAUCACUCUGCCAGGGAGCUGGCCAUCCAGGCUGCUGACUGCUUCGUGACUCUUCAGUCCUUCAUCAGACAGGCUCUGGAUGAGGCCUCGGCCACCCAGGCUCUGUGGGAGAUGCUGGGCAACCGGCUGGUGGAUGCCCUCUGCACUGCAGAUCGACGACUGCUUCAAGACAGCCAGGAAGUGCCCAUCAUGGCCAGCCCAGUCCGAGCUGACCGUGUCCUCCUUUUCAAUGAUGCUCUUGUUCUGUUGCAGGGUCACAGCUUCCAGACCUUUGACCUGAAGCUGGUCUGGGUGGAUGCCAGGCUUGACAAGAAGCAGAUCUCAAGCAGGUAUGGGUUCCACGUCAUCACACCUGAAGAAGAGUUCUCUCUCUCUGCGAAGGAUGCCCAGGGCCAGGCUUGCUGGCUGUCCAAGGUGAGUCAGGCCAUCUGCCAGGCACUGAGUGGGAAGAGGGACAUCCCCGUGCUGAAGCAGGACCAGAAUCAGGAGAGGGUGGAGCCCCCUGCCUCCCGCUGCUGCCUCUACACUUUUCGAACUGAGGACCGGCUCCGACUUGCCACCUAUGAUGGCAGUUGGUCCUGGGGGAAGCCUCAUGGAAAGGGGACCUUGAAGUGGCCAGAUGGAAGAAAUCAUGUUGGUGAUUUCCGCCAGGGCUUGGAGCAUGGGUUUGGGAUCCGCCUGGUCCCUCAUGGGGCUGAAGAUAAGUAUGACUGUUACAAAUGCCACUGGCGGGAGGGCCAGAUGCAGGGCUAUGGCAUCUGUGAGUAUGCCAAUGAGUCUGUGUACAAAGGCUACUUCCGAGACAACAUGCGGCAGGGGUUUGGAAUCCUGGAGAGCUCCCCUCAGGCUCCACAGCCCUUCAAGUUCAUAGGCCACUGGGACAGGGACAAGAAGAACGGAUAUGGGGUCUGGGAGGACAAAGAUAGGGGGGAGCGUUACAUUGGAAUGUGGCAGGCUGACCACCGGCACGGGCAGGGCAUUGUGGUCACCCAGUCUGGCAUCUGUUACCAGAGGACUUUCCAUGCAGAUAAGAUGGUGGGCCCCGGGAUACUCCUGUUGGAAGAUGACUCCCUCUAUGAAGGCAGCUUCACGAGAGACCUGGCCUACAUAGGGAAGGGCAAAAUCACUUUCCCCAAUGGCUACUUCCUGAAGGCUUCUUUCAGUACUGGGGUGGGUAAGGGCUUUCAUACCCAGGGUGUCCUGGAGACAACUGCUCACCCUUUGGAUCCCAUGCAUACCUGUAAACGCCAGCUAGGGCUUGAAGACUUUCCUGUGGAGAGCCGAUGGCAAGGAAUCUACCAGCAGUUCCGGGAGUUCGUUCACUCCAACUGUCCAGAGGAUGCUCAAGAGGCUUUCUUGGGCUUUCAUGUCCAGACAGCCAAGGAGCUCCGGAAAUCCCAGGAGUAUCUCUUCUGUGACAGAAGUAACCCGGAUGAAGUCUCAGCAAAGAUCAAGGACAUACUUGCAGAACUGCCAACACACCAGGAACCAGAGUCACUCCAACUCUACCUACAGAAAGCCCUGAAAUCUUCUGUGCACCCUCUGGGGAAGCUGCUGAGGCUGCUGACACUGGCCUUCCAGGCCACCUACUCUGGCAUCGGGGCCAACAAACACCUGCUGGUCCUGGCACAGGAGGAGGUGAAACAUCACGCCAAGGAGAUCUGGGCUUUCUAUCAGGGGCUGUUGGGAGUAGCCUUGGAGAAACAGGGCCAGAUUCAGGAGGAGAGUGAAGACACCAAUAAGAGUCACCCUGAGGCCUACAGGCUGGUUCUGCCAAUCAUCCUGCCCUGCUUCUAUCCAGAGCUCUUCAUGCUGUAUAUGUUGUACCAUGAGAAAGAAGACAGCCUCUACAGCCAGGGGAUAGCAGACCUGAGCCUGUUCCCAGACACCAAGCUGCUGGAAUGCCUGGAUGUGCAAAAGCACCUGUGGCCUCUCAAGGACCUUACACUGACAACCAAUCAGAGACACUCCCUAGUUAGGGACAAGUGCUUCCUCUCUGCCACUGAGUGCCUGCAGAAGAUCAUCACCACAGUGGAUCCCCGGGAGAAGCUGGAGAUGCUUGAGAAGACCUAUGUGGAGAUUGAGGACACGGUUUCCCGGGUCCUGGAGAGGGAAUAUAAGCUUCCUAUGGAUGACCUGCUGCCCUUACUCAUCUACGUUGUGUCCCGUGCCCAGAUCCAGCACCUGGGAGCAGAAAUCCAUCUGAUCCGGGAUAUGAUGGACCCCAUCCACAGCGGAGGACUGUAUGAUUUCCUGCUGACAGCCCUGGAGUCCUGUUAUGAGCACAUACAGAAGGAGGACAUGAGGCUGCACCGCUUGGCUGGAGUCCAUAAUCAGAAGGCUCUUUGGUAGCUCAACCCUGCCAAGGGAUCUCUGGCCUGGGCCUGGGUCAGGGUCAGGCUGAAGGCCAAGGAAGGAGAAGCUGGUAUUUUUGUCUACACAGGGGAGCGGAGAGCUGAUGACGUUUAUUAGUCACCUAUAAUGUGUAGAGCAUCACUGUGGCUCCAAGAAGCACGUUUUGGUCUGUUCCUCCCAUCCUCAGAGAGGGGGUUCUGCACAGUCUGGACCACCUAAGGCAAAUGCUUUGGGUUCCGCCUCAGGGUGCUGCUCCUCGGGAAAUGGAUCACUCCUUUCUGGCCAUCUCACCCUCUCUUUGCGGCUUCCUCUUGCUGGACCACCCGCAGGCUCUAGGGUCUUCUACUGGGCUAGGCUUCCCUGAUCCUUGCCUUGGGAAAGAUAUUAUCAAUUUAAGGGAGAAAUAAUAUUGCACUUUAGAUGUUUUUUAAAUUUUUUAAAAAGGAAAUUGAACACUUGCUACGUACAAAGCUACUGUGAGAUGCCACGGAGAAUACUGAAAUGUUUGUGCCGCGGUAUCUCCCUUCAAGGACCUUACAGGUGGAGACAGCCCUAGAGGACUGGAUUCUCUGUGCUCAGAGCCAGGACUGAGCGAUGCAGGCAACAGUAACUGUCCUCAUGUGUCCCCUGUGCCCUUGCCCCUCCAGCCUUCUGCUUCUUGCCAAGGGAGGGCAGGACUGAAAGCAGGGGCCUCUCACUGUGCUGCACAUGACCCUGGCCCUCAGGUAGACCCAGCUGUAAUAAGAGGGUGAACAUGAGUGACGGAAGGUCUGCGAGCUGGCCCUAAAGUACCAGGUUACAGAGUACAGAGUGCACAAACCAGGCUUUGGGAAUAAUCCUAAGAAUGCUCCCCUCCACCCCCACUCCAUUUCCAAGCUGCCAACUGGGUAUUUAAUGCCAGUACAAUCAGCUCCAUUUUACAGAUGAGGAGACAGAGGCUUUGAGAGGCUGCCAUGGAGAGAAUCAGAGUGGGGACUUGAACUCAGGUCUCUGCUUCCCAUGUGUGGCCCACUCUCAUCAUCUUUGCUCCACAUGAACAAAGAUCUCUUUGAGCCAAGGGGCAGUUUUUCCUGGAGUGAAGUGCAGCUGUUUGGUAACACAGGGAGAUGGCCAAGUGAGGAGCAGAGCUGAUGGAGUCACGUGGGGUGAUUCCAGAAGAGAGGGGGGGUCAGAGGGUGAGCUGAUGAGCAGGGGAGGGAGCUGCUGCUUACUGCUUAGCUUCAUGGAUCACCAGUGUUGGCUUUGGUGCUGGCAUGGGAUGGCUUUGUGGGAGCCCAGGAAGAGGGGGUGUUUCAGGGGCCCCUGGGUUGGAGAGAUGCUGGCCUGGCUCUGCAGGGUCACACCAAGAACAGAGGUCAAUAAACAUCUAUUGGAG